AGAAAAGCAUUAAAAACCUCCCUGAUGUUUAAUGUGUCCUCCAACGUGAAAUUAGGCGUGAACAAUCAAAAAGACGUCAAAAUGUUUCAAGUCUUAGGAGUAAUUUUGAUGCUUGGUCUUGUCCUCAUGGCUGUUUACUUCAUGAGAGUGGACAAUGUAGUUGACUAUAAGGGAGGAGAAGCAGUUUUCAGCAUUUAUGAAGAGGUGGAGGAGGAGGAAGGACUCUAUGGAGAUCUCCCAGGAACCACAGUAAUUGAGGAGGACAGCAGUAAAUCCAAUGAUUCCUGCAGCUUUGAACUUGUGGAAAAUGUUCCUUAUGACUUACCUUUUGAGAUAAAUAGCACUGCAGCCAAACCCUUGUACCAUGCCUGGACAAGACUCCUUGAUAUAGCCCAGGAAAAAAUUCAUGUGGCUUCCUUCUAUUGGUCUCUUACUGGGAAAGAUAUCAAUGUCAAUGAUUCAUCCUCAAAGCAGGGUGAAGAUAUUCUGAAGAGGUUUGAGAGAUUGCUUGCAGAGAAUGUCUCUGUGUAUAUUGCAGCAAGUAUACCAACUUUGGCCACAAAUUCAACUGACCUCAAGCUUUUGGAGGAAAAAGGGGCUCAUGUAAAAACAAUUGAUUUUGGACAUUUGGCAGGAGGAGUCUUGCAUAGCAAAUUCUGGAUUGUUGACAUGAAACACAUAUAUAUUGGUAGUGCAAAUAUGGACUGGAGGUCUUUAUCUCAGGUGAAGGAGUUUGGUGCUGUGAUAUAUAACUGCAGCUGCUUGGCCAGAGACCUCUGGAAAACAUUUAGUACUUACUGGGAUCUUGGACAUGCUAAUGCUACCAUCCCACUCCCCUGGCCUCUUAAUUAUUCUACCCAGAUUAACAAGUAUCAGCCUCUGGAAGUAGAAUUGAAUGGAGUCCUGACAAAAGCCUAUUUUUCUGCUUCUCCUCCAGCAUUUUGUCCAGAAGGUCGCACCUAUGACCUCUCUGCUAUAAUCAGCAUUAUCAGUGAGGCACAGGAAUUUGUCUAUGUUUCUGUUAUGGAAUAUUUCCCUACCAGUCGUUUCCUUCAUCCAGAAAGAUACUGGCCAGCCAUUGACAACGCUCUGAGAUGUGCAGCUUUCAACCACAGGGUGCAAAUCCGGCUUCUGGUCAGUUGUUGGACCCACACUGACCCAGCCAUGCUCUACUAUCUGAGGUCCCUGCGUGCUCUCAACAACCCACAUGCCCACAUUACUGUUGAUGUGAAACUCUUCAUUGUUCCAGUUCUGAAUCACACAAAUAUUCCUCAUGGGAGAGUGAAUCACAACAAAUACAUGGUCACUGAUAAAGUAGCCUAUAUAGGAACUUCCAAUUGGUCAGAAGAUUACUUCAUUAAUACAGCUGGUGUGGGACUAAUUAUCACACAGAAUUCAACCAACCUGCAUAGAAGGCAGCUGCCAAUCCAGGAACAAUUAAAAACCCUUUUUGAACGAGACUGGAAUUCCAACUACGCAGUGAAUUUGGAAGAUGUGCAGGGACAGAAAGACUGUAACUGGAAGGGCAGAUUCUGA